AUGGCAGCGGCGAAGAGCGUCGACUUCCCCGCUGGCGCCGUCAACGGCGGCUGUGGCUCGGCAACGAACCCAGCAAAUGACGGCGAGGGCCGCCGCCGAGACAUCGAGGCUGGCGGCGACUGGGCGAGCACGCCGGCUCCGACAGCAACGACGAUGAUGGCGGCGACACAAAGGCCGCCGAGGGGGCAGCGCCUGGCCUCGCUGGAUGUCUUCAAAGGCAUCACCGUCGUGGUCAGUAACAAUAAGCUUAGGCACCCCCGGCCCCUCUCGCACUAG